GCGCACCGAACACAAUUAAAGAAAGGUUAAAUCUAUAUUUGGGAAUUAUGAAUGUUGUGAAUGUUUCAAAUAAACUAAUUAACCUUCUUCGUCUCAUUGAAAACGUUUAAAAAAGCGAACUGAAACUGGUUUUAUUUCAUAUUUUAAUUAAAUCACGGAAAACGAAAUAUAUAUACAUAUUUUUGUUCUCAUCGUAAGCUAAAAAAAUAAAAAGGAUGACAAUUAUUAUAACUAUCCUCGUAGGAUUCGUAGGAAUUUUGAUUUAUCUUUUGAUAAAAUAUCCGGAUAGAAGUAUUGGUACAAAUCCAAGAAGAGAUCUUAAUGGUCCAAAAGGUUUACCGCUCUUUGGAAAUCUUUUUGAUGUUCUUAAACAUGAUAAUAAUGGAUUUGUAAUCUUCUUAUAUGAAACUUUAAUGAAAUACGGUCCAAAUGCAACAUAUACUUUACCAGGAUUUGGUAGAUUUAUAACUGUCAAUAAUCCCGAAUGUUUAGAGCAUGUUAUGAAAGCGAAUUUCGAAGGUUAUGUUAAGGGAGAUAAGUUAUAUAAAAUCCUUUACGAUCUUCUAGGAGAUGGAAUUUUCAAUACUUCCGGGGAUAAUUGGAAAAUGCAAAGAAAAUUAUUUAGUCAGUUAUUUAAUGUUAGAAAUUUUCGUGAAAUUAUAUGUGUCGUGUUUGAAGAACAAACCAAAAUAUUUUUAAAAAUCAUGGAAAAAAAAGUGAAUAGUGGAGAAAUUUUUGAUUUACAAGAAUUAUUUUAUAGGUUUACGUUGGAUUCAUUUGGAAAGAUUAUAUUUGGAUUGGACUUUAAAUGCUUAACGAAUACAGAUAGUCCAGUAAAAUUUGCUCAAUCAUUUGAUUUCGUUCAAGGAGCAUUAGGCAAACGAUUACAAAAUAGUUUCUGGAAUAUUACAGAAUUAUUCACAGAAGAAGGUCGUAAAUUGCGUGAAGAUUGUAAAUACUUAACAGAAUUUGCAUAUCAAAUAAUUGAAAAUCGUAGAAAGAAUCCAGAAACUCUAAGAGAAGCUACAGAUGUUCUAAAUCUUUUUAUGGAAGCUAAAUAUGAUAAUGGAGAAAAUAUGUCAGAUAAACAGUUAAUAGAUGUUGUUUUAAAUUUCAUCAUUGCUGGACGUGAUUCGACCGCGCAGACCCUUUCUUGGAUGAUGUAUAAUGUUAUGGUUAAUCCUUCUAUUGAAGAAAAAUUAGUAAAAGAGGCGAAUUCUUUACUCUCAGAAGAAGAACCAAUUUCAGGUUAUGAAAAUAUAAAACAGUUUCAAUAUACUCACGCAACAUUAUACGAAACUCUUCGAUUACAUCCAACAGUACCAAACAAUUUUAGGGUAUGUCUUAAAGAUGACGUACUUCCAAAUGGUAUACCAAUUUAUGCUGGUGAAAUGGUAAAUUGGUCCUCUUGGGCUGCUGGAAGAGACGAAAGAACGUGGGGCAAAGAUGCAAAAAUAUUUAAUCCUGAACGAUUCUUAAACUCCGAAGAUGGAUUAAAACCAAGUCCAUACAAAUUCACCAGUUUUAAUUGUGGACCAAGAAUAUGUCUUGGACAAAAUUUCGCUACAACUGAAGUCAUAAUGUUGGCAACUGCUGUAUUAAGACAAUAUAAAUUUGAAAUGGUACCAGGACAAAAAUUACCACCUGAUUUUGGCGUUUCUUUAACUUUACCUAUGAAAAAUCCUUUAUUAGUCAAAGUUUAUCAUCGAUGAUUUAAAAUGCGAGUUGUGUAGUACAAGUACGAAACUGCGUAUGAACUUUAUAGGAACUUAAUUACCUUUUAAAGAGGAAAAAAAAAAAGAAAUACAAUACAUUUUACAUAUAAUAAAAUAUAACAAUUUAA